AUGUCUUCCCUACCGCCCAACGUUCACCUCUCCCAACACCCCUGCCUCCAGGCCAAGCUCAGCCAGCUGCGCUCCAAGUCGGCCGACUCCAAGGAUGUCAAGUCCCUCGUUCAUGACAUCGGCCUCAUCGUCGCCUGCGAGGCUUUCGCCUCGGUGCUCAAGACCACCUCUCGCUCCAAGGUAGACGCCCUCCCUCUUGCACCUGGCAUUCGUUGCUUUCGUGCGCCACCCACCCAAACACGCGCUGACGGCACAAGGACACGACGCCGUUGGGCUUCGAAUACACCACGACGGACGUCUCGCCCGAGACGAUAUGCAUCGUCCCCAUCCUCCGCUCCGGCCUUGCCAUGGUCGAAGGUCAGUCUGCGAUCUCCCGUUCGGCCCCAGCCUCGCCCACCCGUUCCGUCCUCACAGCGUCUAGCCGUCCAAACCAUGAUGCCCCGCGCCGUCCCUGUUCACCACCUCGGCAUGUAUCGCGACCAGUCCACGCUCGCCCCUGUCGAGUACUACAACAAUCUUCCGCGCCACGUUCCCUCGUCGUCGAGCCCGUCGGCCAGCUCUCUAGCCGUCAUCGUCGACCCCGUCAUCGCCACGGGCGGUACCUGCGCCGCAGCCAUCCAGACGCUCCGCGAAUGGGGCGCCGAGAGGAUCCUUGUCCUGUCCAUAGUCGGCGCUGCCGACGGUGUCGCGGACGCCGCCAAGGUUUGGCCCGAGGGCACGGAGAUUUGGCUCGCGGGCCUCGACGCCAAGCUUACGGCUCAACGCAUGCUGGAGCCGGGAGUCGGAGACAUCGGUGACAGGCUAUUUCUGACCGACCUCAAGUAG